UAUUCUGUCCGAACUUUCCUCAUCUCCUCUCUCUCCAUCUCUGAUCGUCCUCGUCUCGCCACCCCUUCUUACCUCUCCCAAAAUUCUCUCCGCGAGCUCCGAUGGAGGAACCCAAUGGCAACCUCCGCACCCCUCUCCUCCUCGGCGGACGCGAUUCCGAUGUCAUCCUCGACAUUGACGGCGAGCGCCGCCCCGCCGGAGAGCGGGUGAACCCUUUCGAGUUCCUGGGCGCGCCCCCGCUGGUCCUGCCCCGGCCGAUCCCCGUCGAUCCCUUCCGCAACCACACUCCGUGUAUUGCCGGGGUCUAUGAGUGGUUCAAGGUGGUCCUUUGCGUGCCUAUCGCCCUCGCACGGCUGGUGCUCUUCGGGCUCGCCCUUGCGCUGGGAUUCUUAGCAACCAAGCUGGCGCUGGAGGGAUGGAAGGACAAACAGAGCCCGAUGCCCCGGUGGCGAAGCCGGAUCAUGUGGGUCACCAGGAUUUGCGCUCGUGGCAUCCUCUUCACCUUCGGCUAUCACUGGAUUAAGCGAAUAGGAAGGCCUGCAUCGCGUGAGGUUGCACCGAUAGUUGUUGCUAAUCAUGUCUCAUACAUAGAGCCUAUAUUCUUUUUCUAUGAACUAUUUCCAACUAUUGUUGCUUCUGAGUCACAUGAUGCCUUGCCCUUUGUUGGAACUAUUAUCAGAGCCAUGCAGGUUAUUUAUGUUGAUAGGUUCUCAGCACCAUCAAGAAAGCAUGCUGUUAGUGAAAUAAAGAGAAAGGCUUCAUGCAAUGAUUUUCCACGCGUUUUACUGUUUCCUGAGGGAACCACUACAAAUGGGAGGUUUCUUAUUUCAUUUCAACUUGGCGCAUUCAUUCAUGGUUUCCCAGUUCAACCUGUGGUUGUGCGCUUUCCGCAUGUACAUUUUGACCAGUCAUGGGGGAAUAUUUCGUUGAUGAAGCUCAUGUUCAGAAUGUUCACUCAGUUUCACAAUUUCAUGGAGGUGGAGUACCUCCCCAUCAUUGCCCCACUUGAGAAACAACAAAAUGCUGUUCAUUUUGCUGAGCGGACUAGCUAUGCUAUGGCAAGCACACUUAACGUUGUACAGACAUCUCAUUCUUAUGGUGAUCUAAUGCUUAUGACGAAGGCAUUGGAGCUGGCAAAGGACAAAUGCUCAACAUCAAAUUAUAUGGUAGAAAUGGCGUGGGUCGAGAGUUCAUUCAGCAUAAGCGCAUCAGAAGCCAUGGAUCUGUUGGAUCAAUUUUUCACUAUGCACCCAGAUUCCAAUGGACGUGUUGAAAUUCAUGGUUUCUUGUCUGCUUUUGGGCUGGGGCUUUGUCCUCUUUGUGAGAAGAUAUUUGGCUAUUUUGAUGUGGAAAAGCUGGGUGCCAUUACAUUUCAUCAGUUCUUGAUCGGAUCAGCACAAAUCAGGAAGCAGCCAUUAUUUUGGAGAGCCUGUGAAACAGCUUUUAAUAAAUGCAGAGAUAUGAAUACAGAUCAAAUUUCUGAAAGAAGGCUCGGGGACAUCACUCAAUCAAUAUUGCCCAGCACAAGCGGAAACUUAGAACAUCUAUUCCAUAUACUUGACAUUGACAAUGAUGGGCUUGUCGGUAGAGAUGAUUUCAUGACGUGCCUUAGGAAGAACCCGCUACUGAUAGCCCUUUUUGCUGCCUGUAUGAAGUACGAAAGUUGAUGGCAUGAUGGAGUUGUAACCAUGAUUAUUUAUCAGAACUUGCAUGGUGUGUUUAUCAGAGAGAUGGCCAUUCAAGUCAUUUUUUUGUUGCAUUGAAUGGUUAUCGCUUCCAAUUUGAAGAGCUGUGGAGCGAAAAGAUGCUGCAAGCAUUGUGGUUGCCUUAUGAUGUUGCAUACUGAACAGGCAUAUAGAAGGAUCAAAAAUUCACAUAAUUUUGAGAAAAGAUUUUCAUGUAAAAUGGCAUAUAGAUUUGGACCCUUAUUAGAAACAAUUUCUGUAAUGACUUAUUUACACAAACUGAAACUUGAAGUUUGUAAUACAUUUGACCGGUGUACACAAUCAUUUACAAUGUAUGUGUUUCUCACAUCACAACGCACUUAUCCUUUGCUUUUGAUUCGCUCUUUUGUGAAGGAGCGGGGUUCCUGGGUGCCUGUUAAAAUACAGAGAAAAAACAGUUAUUUUUCUAUACGAACAUCAUUGUCUCCAUGAAUGUUACAAAAGAUAUGAUUCAAAAUGUUAAUGUAAAACCAUUUAUCUUCU